AUGGCCCUCGCCGUGCUUGAUGCCCUCGACAACGCUCGCACACAAUGGUACCAUGUUACUGCAAUUGUGAUCGCGGGGAUGGGCUUCUUCACCGAUGCCUACGAUCUCUUCUGUAUCUCGACCGUGUCGAAGCUUCUCGGUCGACUUUACUACUUCGAUCCCAGCAGCUUGAAGCCCGGAAAGCUUCCGAACGGAGUGAAUAACGCUGUCGUCGGGGUUGCGCUGGUCGGAACCCUAAUGGGGCAGCUGUUCUUCGGGUGGUUGGGUGACAAACUUGGGCGGAAGAAAGUUUAUGGGGUGACCCUAAUUCUUAUGGUCCUUUGUGCCAUUUGCUCGGGCCUGUCUUUUGGAUCAACAUCAAGAUCAGUGAUUGGUACACUUUGCUUCUUUAGAUUUUGGCUUGGAUUUGGUAUCGGCGGCGACUAUCCACUUUCAGCCACCAUCAUGUCCGAAUAUGCUAACAAAAAGACUCGCGGGGCUUUCAUUGCAGCUGUCUUCGCCAUGCAGGGUGUGGGGCUGAUAUUUGCAGGGCUAGUGUCGAUGACUCUGUCAAAACUCUUCCUGACCCUUCACGACGCUCCAUCCUACAAUAGCAACCACGUCUUCUCCACACAGCCUCAAGGUGACUUCCUAUGGCGGAUCGUGCUGAUGCUCGGCGCUCUACCAGCCAUGUUGACAUACUACUGGCGAAUGAAGAUGCCCGAAACCGGCCGCUACACCGCUCUCAUCGAAGGCAACGCCAAGCAAGCCGCCGCGGACAUGGGAAAGGUUCUGGAGAUCUCAAUCCAAGCUGACCAAGACAAGCUUUCCCAAUUCAAAUCUGCAAAUGAAUAUGGUUUGCUCUCUAAAGAGUUCUUCAGCCGCCACGGCCUCCACUUAAUCGGAACCACCACCACUUGGUUUUUGCUCGACAUUGCCUUCUACAGCAACAACCUCACGCAAAAGGAUAUUUUCCCGGCCAUGAACUUGACCAAGAAACCUGAACAAGUUAAUGCUUUGGAAGAGGUUUACGAAACUUCAAAGGCCAUGUUUCUUGUUGCCCUACUUGGGACCUUCCCCGGAUAUUGGUUCACUGUCUUCCUCAUCGAGCGCCUCGGCCGCUUCAAGAUCCAGCUGAUUGGAUUCUUCAUGAUGUCGGUCUUCAUGGCCGUGCUUGGUGUCCGCUACAAUUAUUUGAAGAAUCAUCCCGUGGAGUUCGCGGUGAUUUACGGCCUGACGUUCUUCUUUGCCAACUUUGGUCCGAACAGCACCACCUUUGUCCUCCCGGCUGAGCUUUUCCCGACGAGGAUUCGCUCGACGUGCCACGCGCUGAGUGCUGCGUCGGGGAAGGCCGGUGCCAUCGUUGGAGCUUUCGGGGUGCAAAACUAUACUUUAGAUGGUACCGCAAGCAAGAUUCAAAAGGCCAUGAUUUUCUUGGCCUUCACCAACAUGCUAGGGUUUGUGUUUACGUUCUUGGUGACGGAGACGAAAGGUCGGUCGCUGGAGGAGAUAUCGGGCGAGGAUGGCGGCCACGGCGAUAACGAAACCCAAUUGCCGCCGGUGAGAUCCAUGGGAAAAUCAGGAACCCCAAUGGAAGGUGAAAUGUGA